AUGGAACAACGAGGGGCUCUCCUGAUUCUCCUCUUCUCAUUCCUCUCCCCCUCAGGUGCUGAGUUAGAGGUCCAGGCUCCCCCCGCUCACACCGUCACUUUGGGAUCGGACGUCACUCUGCCCUGCAGCUUCAGUGUGGGUCCGACCCAAGUGGAUCUGCAGUUGCUGGCAAUCCUGUGGUACUUCCAAGAUACAGAGAUCCUUGUCUUUAAUGCUCAUGGGAGCAUUAAAGAAGAGUCAGAACCGAGGGUGACUAUCAGGGAGGAGGAUGCUGGGAAAGGAAUCGCUUCUCUACAUCUUGCCCAAAUCAGGCUCUCUGAUGCCGGCCUGUACAAGUGCAUGGUUAUCUACAUUCCCAGGUCCCACACCAAGGAGGUGCAACUCACUGUUCAUGCUGUCCCCUCAAUCAGUGAGCUGGGGAUACUGGAGAAGCCCAUGGGGGCCAGUAUGAUUCUCUGCUCCGUGUCUCGGUUCUACCCAAAGAACAUCUCUGUCACUUUAAUGAAAGAUGGAAAAGAUGUGGAUUAUUCUACACUGUCCGAUUACACCCAGAACUCUGACGGAACAUUCAGUAUUAACAAAACCCUGAUGAUAUCGGCCUCUGAGAAACCAAGAACGUUGUCCUGCGUUGUCCAACAUGGAUCUCAUCCGCGGCCCAUUCAGAGAGACGUACAGCUGCAGUAUGGGGGUAAGAAUGGGAUUGGGGAGUACAAUGAGAGCAAUGAGAGCAAUAUGGCUGCCGUGUUGGGGGGCACUGGCGCUGUGCUUCUCCUAAUUGUGAUCCUGGCUAUAGUUUACUACAAAUACACAAGGAAAAAAGGUCUGGAGGAGUUUACGAUGGGUGCCAUUCAGGGACCUCCGGUUUGGUUAGAUGGGGAAAAGCUCACCCUUUACUGUACAGCAUCCAGUUGUCCCCAGGAUGUCAAAGUCUCUUGGAUUCUAAAGGCACAAGAUGGCACAAUGAGUGAAUUCUCAGAGGCUGGUACUGGGGAGGCAGAGGAGGAACAGCCUCUUAUCUCCAGAGAAUAUAUUGUAUCUAAGGAAAAGACCACCAGGCCACAAAAGAACGGCCUCUGUGAUUAUUCCAGCACUUUCUGCUUCAUUCCAUCUGCAUCAAGGCACCUUGGCUCCUCUGUCUCCUGCAAGUUUGUGUGCGGUGGGAAAACCCAGGAGAAGGCCUUCCAGUUUAAGGCUAUUCAGGCCAAACCCAGGUUUAUUGAGCCAAUAAGUAUCAGCCUUUGUGACUCUGGGAAUGUCCAGCUAUUAGCCACCCUGGAGAGGUUCUACCCUAAGGAGGGAAUCAAGGUCACUUGGAGAUGUAACAAGGAAAAGCCACCAGAGACAAAUGCACCAAUGGAUGAAUUGAUUACACACCCUGAUAAUACUUUUACUGUUAGAAGCAAAUAUGAAAUUCCUGGGGAUCAGUUCAAGGAUCCAGACUUUAAAGUGUGCGUUUCAUGGAACCAUGAUUCUAUGGAGAAAGCCGAGUCCAGGGAAGUGAGCGUGAAAGAUUUCCCAUGGCGCCCAACUAUGGACGACAUUCCCUUACAGAGUGAGAGAGAGAACAAUAAAUUACGACUGAGCUGUAAUAUCUCCAAUUACUUCCCUGAUGCUCUCACCGUCAGUUGGUUUGGGAAGAAGAAAGGGAGUCAGGAACUGUUUCCUGUAACUGGAAAUGACAUUUAUGUUAUACAAAAGCCCCAGUCUGAAAGGGGCACAAAUUACACAUAUAAGUGCAAAGCGUGUUUGGUUCUGCCAGUGCCAGAAAGCACAGAGCAGGAAAUGGAAUAUAUCUGUAGGGUGGGGCACCCAAGCCUGAAGGAACCAAUACAAGGGGGCACUGGGCCUGUACAGAAAUAUGAUUUGGGAGAGAAGCGGAGCUUUAUUGUGCAUCACAUUCAGGGGCCACAGAGGUGGCAAGAAGGAGAGAAGGUCACUCUGUAUGGUACUGCCCUGUACUGUAAGAGGGAUGUUCAGGUGACCUGGAUAGUGACCGAGAGGGAUGGAACCAUAAGGGAAAUCCCAGAUGUUACUAAGGAUACAGAGGAGAAGCUUGGGGCCAAUGACUAUGUGGCUUGUAGGGAGAGAACUGAACAAUCAGACCACAAGGGACUCAUAGACAUUACCACAUCCCUGAGCUUCACUGCUUCAGUCUCGCGGCACAAAUCCAUGAGCCUCAAAUGCAAGUUUGUCUGUGAUGGGAAAUCCUCUGAAAAACUCUUCCAAUAUAAAGAUCUCUAUGUCAAGCCCAAGCGCUUGAAGCCAAUAGAAUUAUCUCUCCUUGAGAAUGGGGAGGUGCUGUGUUCCCUCAGCUUGCAGCAGUUUUACCCUAAAACCAUGCAGAUCAGUUGGGGUGCUGGGGUCCCCCCUUCCUAUGACAAGAUGGAGUCAGCUGAGGAAGUGACAGACUCGGGGCUCACGUAUGAUCUUCUCAGCAAAUGUAGAAUUCCAGGGCGGCUUCUCCGAGAUCCUGACUUUACUGUCAGAGCUUCUUGGAAACACGAGUUCAUGAGUGACUGGGAAUCCACCCAACUGUCCCUCAGAGACCCAGGUUUUCCAUGGAAACCAGUAGUCCAGAACAUUCCUCUGCCCAAUCUCUUUGCUUACAAUCCAGUCACACUGAUGUGCCAAGUCUCUAAUAUCUUCCCUGAGUCUGUGACUGUGAAGUGGUUCAGGAGGGAGAAGGAUGGAGAGGACUUGUUCCCAGUGUCUCACAGUGAGAAGUACAAGAUCCCAGAAGUUACUCUGGAGAAGCAAGAAGACGAGACAUUUCAGUGCCGAGCCCGUUUAACCUUCACCCCAACUGUUAGCUCAGAGCAUGGAGCUGAAUUCAUCUGUAGGGUGGAACAUCCCAGCUUGGAGAAACCAGAGGAGAGGAGAGCGGGUCCCCUCCACAUAGAAGAGGAGAAGAAGUUUAUUUCAGUAGAGGAGCAGAAGUUCAUUGUGAAGGACAUUCAGGGGCCAGACAAAUGGACACUGGGAAAAGAAGUCACUCUCUAUGCAAUGGCUUCUUACUGCCCCAAGGAUAUAGGGGUGAUAUGGAUUAUAAGGGAGAGAGAUGGAAAAGUGUGGGAGAUCUGUGACACCCCAACAGAAAGAGGCAAGAAGCCCACAGCUCCAGGACCCAGGAGAUACGCGGUAACUAGAGAAAGUACUGAUCCAUCAGACAAAGAGGGACUCAUUCAUGUGACAAGUUCCAUGAGAUUUACCCCCUCUGUAUCUGCCCACUCUGGGGUGAGUCUCAUGUGCAGGUUUGUCUGUGAUGGAAAAACUGAGGAGAGAGAAUUUAAGCCCAGAGCCCUCUAUGCAAAACCCAAACUGUUGGAGCCAAUAAAGCCGGAAUGGUGUAACAACGAGAAAGUGAAAUUCUCCCUAAACCUUGGGAAAUUUUAUCCAAAAGACGUGGAAAUCAGCUGGACGUCUGGGGUGGGAGCUUCUCAGAAAAAGAAGAAACCAACUGACCAACUGCAGGAAAAUCCCAACCGGACGUUUAAUAUCCAAAGUACCUGCACAAUUUCCCAGAGAUCCUUCCGAGAUCCAACGGUUAAAGUGUGUGUGAGCUGGAAACAUGAAUCCAUGGGAAAUCCUGAGUCCAGAGAAUUUUCUCUACAAGAUUUAGGUGACAUUUGGCGCCCAAUAGUGGAAGCAAUCCCCCUCCAUCAGAUAGUGGUGGGCCGGCAGGUUGCCCUGCAGUACAGAAUCUCUGGGUAUUUCCCUGAUGCCCUGACUGUGAGUUGGUAUAAGAAGGAGAAGGGGAGAGAAGAGCCGGUUCCUAUUACUGGGGAAGGGAAGUACGGGAUCCCAGAUUCUGUAACCAAGGAAAUGGGGGAUGGGACUCUCACCCGUACGGAAAGUUUGGCUUUCUCUCCAUCCCUGAGUGAGGAACAUGGGGCAGAAUUUAUCUGCAGAGUGGCACAUCCCAUUCUACAGGAACCCAUAGAGAAGAGCAGCGGCCCAUUGUUUGUGUGGGCUAAACCCAAACCCCUGGGAGAUAUAAAGCCGACCCUCUGUGGGGCAGGAGAAGUUCUGUUGUCCUUCAGCCUUGGGAGCUUCUACCCAAAAGAUCUGACUAUCAGUUGGGCCUGUGGGGUGGGAGAUUCUCAGCAAUUACAGGAAUCCACUGACCAACUGCAGGAAAAUCCCGACCUGACAUUCAGUAUCCACAGUGGCUGUAGAAUUCCUGGGAAUCUCUUCCACAACCCAACGUUUAGGGUCUGUGUGAGAUGGAACCAUGGAUCCAUGGGAAAUCCUGAAUCCAAGGAAUUUACUCUAAAGGAUUUGGGGCCUGAAGCUCAUCCUAUAGUUUUACCCCAACCAGAGACUGAUGGAAAGCCCCAGCCUGUACUUAUACCCCAACCAGAGACUGAUGGAAAGCCCCAGCCUGUACUUACAUCUCAACCAGAGACUGAUGGGAAGCCCCGGCCUGUACUUAUACCCCAACCAGAGACUGAUGGGAAGCCCCGGCCUGUAGUUAUACCCCAACCAGAGACUGAUGGGAAGCCCCGGCCUGUACUUAUACCCCAACCAGAGACUGAUGGGAAGCCCCGGCCUGUACUUAUACCCCAACCAGAGACUGAUGGGAAGCCCCAGCCUGUACUUAUACCCCAACCAGAGACUGAUGGGAAGCCCCAGCCUGUACUUAUACCCCAACCAGAGACUGAUGGGAAGCCCCGGCCUGUAGUUAUACCCCAACCAGAGACUGAUGGGAAGCCCCAGCCUGUACUUAUACCCCAACCAGAGACUGAUGGGAAGCCCCGGCCUGUACUUAUACCCCAACCAGAGACUGAUGGGAAGCCCCGGCCUGUGCUUAUACCCCAACCAGAGACUGAUGGGAAGCACCGGCCUGUACUUACACCCCAACCAGAGACUGAUGGGAAGCACCGGCCUGUACUUACACCCCAACCAGAGACUGAUCGGAAGCCCCAGCCUGUACUUAUACCCCAACCAGAGACUGAUGGGGAGCCCCAGCCUGUAGUUAUACCCCAACCAGAGACUGAUGGGAAGCCCCAGUCUGUACUUAUACCCCAACCAGAGACUGAUGGGAAGCCCCAGCCUGUACUUAUACCCCAACCAGAGACUGAUGUGAAGCACCGGCCUGUACUUACACCCCAACCAGAGACUGAUGGGGAGCCCCAGCCUGUACUUAUACCCCAACCAGAGACUGAUGGGAAGCCCCAGCCUGUACUUAUACCCCAACCAGAGACUGAUGGGAAGCACCGGCCUGUACUUACACCCCAACCAGAGACUGAUGGGAAGCCCCAGCCUGUACUUAUACCCCAACCAGAGACUGAUGGGGAGCCCCAGCCUGUAGUUAUACCCCAUAUACAAGAGACUGAUGGGAAGCCAUGGCCUGAGGUUAUACCCCAACCAGAGACUGAUGGGGAGCCCCAGCCUGUAGUUAUACCCCAUAUACAAGAGACUGAUGGGAAGCCAUGGCCUGAGGUUAUACCCCAACCAGAGACUGAUGGGAAGCCCCAGUCUGUACUUAUACCCCAACCAGAGACUGAUGGGAAGCCCCAGUCUGUACUUAUACCCCAACCAGAGACUGAUGGGAAGCCCCAGUCUGUACUUAUACCCCAACCAGAGACUGAUGGGGAGCCCCAGCCUGUACUUAUACCCCAUAUACAAGCGACUGAUGGGAAGCCAUGGCCUGAGGUUAUACCCCAACCAGAGACUGAUGGGGAGUCACGGCCCGAGGAGGAAAGAGAGAAGGCCCGACCCCAGAUGCCCCAGCCGGUGACUAUAACCCUCUGUUGUGACUCUGGAAAUGUACUCUUCUCUCUGAAGCUCCGGAGUUUUUACCCCAAGGAGAUACAGACUGAGUGGCACCUCAUAGCAGGAAAGAAUAAAAAUAAAUUACCAUCAGCACCAAGUUUCACCAAGAAUCCUGAUCUGACCUGGAACAUUGAGAGUAACAGCACAAUUCCAGGGCACAGAAUUAAAGAUCCAAAGUCCAGAGUGUCUGUUACCUGGAAACAUGAAACCAUGGAAGGUCCAGAAACACAGGAAAUAUCAGUUCUAGAUCCAGAUUUCCCUCGGGCCCCAGAAUUGGGGGAGAUACUGAGCCCCAGGCUUGUCCCUGGGAAGGAGGCCACAUUGCAGUGUAAGAUCUCUGGGUGCCACCCUGCUGCCCUGACAGUGAGUUGGUACAGAAGGGAGGAAGGAAACCAGGAGUGGGUCCCCGUGAGUUCAGGAGAGAAGUACAAGACCCCCAGACUCAGAGAGGACUAUAAAAAUUUCUCCUGCACUGCCAUUUUGUCCUUCACCCCUUCCCCACUCACCGACAAUGGGGUGGAAUUUAUCUGUAUGGUGGGACAUCCUACUCUAGAGCGCAGCAUAUGGAGAGGGACCGGCCCACUGAGAGUGCAGGAGCAAUGGGAUGAAGCCCCUGGAGCAGAACUGGGACCGACCAACCCUGCAAUGGAGUCAGAACACGAGCUAAUGGAUACCACUUAGAUACCACUAAUACCCAGUAACACUAUGGAGAGGCCAUUGGCCAGUCUAUCAGACCCCAUUUCUGUGCUGCCAUUUUCUUUUGUGUCUAUGGAAUCCCAUGCUCCUAUUGAAGCUGGGUGCAAGCGCAGUGCUGAAUGGG